CCUAACCACGCGCCUGAAGCCAUCACUUCGCAUCGACAAGCUGAAGCCCAUUGUCGACAACAUCCAUAUUUUGCAUUAAUAACCAAACCUUCCCUUGCUCUCGCAAUGUCCGCAAACGAUUACUACUACACCAACUCCAACUACUUAUCCUCGGGCCCCGGCCAUCAACAGCCGUCCUCCUUUGACGCCCAACAAACAUCCAACCAGCAGCAGCACAGCUCGCACACCUACCCUCCCCAAGGCCAAGCUCACCUCCACUCCUACGACAACCACCCCCAAUUCCAAGACCAUGCCGCCGCCGGUCGUCGCCGCAGCUCCGCCAUUUCCAUCCCCGCCGGUGCCGCAGACGUCAGCUUGAACCCCCAUCUUGCUCAGGGCUUCCUACAACACGAAUUAAUCCCAAACAACAACACCGCCACCAACCAUAGUGGUACCUUUUCCGUUCAACAACAUGGUCAUCCUACCACUAGCCACUUUUGUCCCGUUGGUAAGGAGUCAAACAACAUCAACAUCUCCCAUAAUCCCAACGCUCCCAACGCUCCCAACGCUCCCCACGAUCCCACCACUCCCCACAACCCAGACGGUCACACAGGCCCAGACGGCGAAAGAGGCCUAGGCGCCACCCUCGUCGGCGGCUCAAGCGGGCACUUCCUCGCCAAACAACUCGGUCGCGGCGGCGGCCAUCACCACGGCGUGCUUGGGACCACUGCGGGGGCAGUAGCUGCUAAUAUCCUGGAGCACAAGUUGAAGAAGAACCAUGAUCAAAAGAACCAUCACCAACAGACUCAGCAUGCCCAUGAUUUGGAACAUGGACAUGGACAUGGCGGCGGCGGAGGCUUGAGUGGGAUGUUUAGUGGUGGUGGUGGCGGUGGUAAGCAUCCUACUCUUCAACAACAGACACAGCAGCAUCAUUACCCGGAGACGCAUGCUGGAUCUGUGGAACAUGGACAUGGUCAUGGACAGGAGUAUGGAGGAGUGAGCCAGGGACAUCAUAAGCAUAGGAAGCAUGGAAAGUGGGGGCAUUAGUCUGGUCGUUGGAAGACUAAUAAGGUUUCUUGAGAGCCCGUUGCUACCUAUUCUUGGCUUGUCCUUGGUGUACUGUAUCGAUAGUGUUAGUCCUAAGUCAGUAGAUAGACCUAUGUGAACGGAAACAUGAUUACAACUUGCUAUAUCACCAGCAA